CCAACGCUUAGAACAGUGCUUGACACAUUGUAAGCACUUAUCAAAUACCAUCAUCAUGAUCAUCUCUCUGAUGGAUGCAUAGCACUUCUAAGAAUUUCUGCUUUCUAAUAAUUUCGAUCUAAAAUAGACUAUGCUGAUUUGGACAGAAUUCUACGUUUAAUAAAUGAAUAACAAGAGGCGAUGAGGGAGCCUCCCAUCAGGAAAGAAGAUCAGCAUUGGUCCUGAGACGUCAGCACCAAGAUCCUAUGUGAAGGAGUUGAUGACUGUGCUAAUGGCUUACACAACAUCACCCGCACGAUCUUGUCCCUGCCUAUCAUGUUCCCGUUGAGACACGGAGUGCAACGAGCAAGAAAAAGGAUAGGGCUGCAGCACACUCCAAAGUGCGUGUGCGAUCUUCACCCACAUUAAUCAAUACCUGCUAGAAUCAGGACGGCAACCCUGGUCUUCUAAUUCCCAGAAUAAAGCUCUUCCUCCCGAACAACAAGUUCAUUAAAGGAAUAAAGGAGCAAUUGCAAAACUAUUUGAUAGCAUAUGAGACAGAAUAAGAGGAGAUUUUUCGAAAAGUUGUUGGGAGAGGGAGGAGAGUUAGUGCCACUUUAAUUUUGUCUGGAAAGUCCCUCAGGAGGUAAGAUUUAAUAAGAUGUUUGGUGAAAGGCAUAGGACUUAUUAAGUUGAGACAAGGACCAUGUAAAUAGUAGAUGAGAUGGCAAUUUUGAAUAAACCAAAGAGUAGCUUAUUCAAAAGGCAGGUGAUAUGAAUUAUCACCUUUAGUUAGAACUGGAAAUUUUCAAACUUUUUCUCCUGCUUAUUCUUUUCCCCAUAAUUCUACGGCCUUAGAACAAUAAAAUAGAGCAGCAUUUCAAACUCAGUUCAGCCAAUGGAUAUCUGGGGUCCCAGCUUCCUAAAAAAGUCUAGCCAAGAAGAGUAGUCUGUAACAAUUUCACCUAGGCUCACCCCCUCAUUCAGUUACUGAUCAGGGAAAACUUGGGAGGACCAAAGAUCAAAGAUGUUUUUCCCUAAAAUGGUGGAGUAGGAGAUACCACAGGACUAUCUUGGAACUGCCAUUAUAGUAUAACCUAUAGUGAGCUUGAUAACGUGAAUCAGACAGAAGGAAAAACUUAAGGCCUGGAACGAAUCAGUCAACAGAAGGCAACAAGGGCCAACCAUUCCUAAAUGAUUUUUUAAAAAUCUGUAACAUUGUGACAGACACAAAUGAGAGAGACAAGCACAAAUCAAACUUCUGUGACUCCACGCUGCCUUUUAGUUUGGAUAGGAAAGCUGAAAGCAGAACAGGUCCAGGAGAUAUACAUAAUUUGAAAUGUCAACCUGCUCACAUUUUCUCCGAUGAGUGAAGGAAGCUUUGGAGUCGUUUCACAUAAAUCCAGCCGCAGGGCAGUUAGCACUGCAAAGGAUGCUGAAUCUUACAUGAACUAGCUGGCUAUUUUGGCUAAGGGAAGUGGAGACAUCUCCGUAAAUUGAGAAGUCCUAGUCCAGGUGUUCGACGGGAAUGACAACUUUCGUCACAUAACUUCCACCUUCCUGGACAGCCUCGUCCCUGAGGAUUCAUUUACAGAGACGGUGGUGGGUCUUAUUUUGUGUCAGGGAUGUUGACUGUAUAUGCUGAAUUCCAGAAAACUUGUCCCGGUUUUUAAAUGAACCUUUAAAAAUUCACACACCCUUUUGAGCCCCCUGUGGUCCAUGAGCCGAGUCUUAUUCUUCGUGGGUAUAAAAUGAGAUAAUUGAUGUGAAAGUGCCUUAGAAAAAAAACACUUUUAAAAUGGUUUCUAAAUACUAGGCAUUAUUAUUAUCAUGUUAUUCCGCUUUCCUCAAUUGCAACACUUGGUGGAGCUGUUGGCCAGGAUGAUGCCGAAAUGAAAUUGCUGAGCCCGAGAGCCGCCCUGCCGCAAUCCUUCUAGGGGAAGCAGAUGUGCAGGAGGGUUCUUACGGACUCGGCUAAAUCCUCCGCCGUAUAUAGGAAUACCGCCACAACUGGAAUCCGAGUAGUUCAGUCAGGAGGCUUUCCCUCACCUUCUUGUAUUCGGAACCGCUCCUCUCUGCAGAAAGAGAAGGGGGGUGGGGGGGCGCUUGGGUAAGCAGUUCCUGAGGGAAACAGAAGAAGGAAAUGGCUCCAGUGCCGCAAAGAACGAUAAGGCAAGUUCUUUUUCUCUAUAUUUUUGUCUUUCUGGGAGCGUGUGCGGCGUCUGAGACGCUUCGGUAUUCCGUGGCGGAAGAAAUGGCGACCGGCUCCUUUGUGGCCAAUAUAGCAAAGGACUUGGGGCUGGAUGAGACUUCGCUGUCCUCCCGGAAAGCUCGGAUUGUGGUGGAAGGUGGCAGAGAACCUUUUCUCUUAGACUUGAACAGUGGGACUCUGGUAAUUAAAGACAAUAUAGACCGGGAGGAACUAUGCGGGCAAGUGGAGCAGUGCGUGAUUCAUUUUGAGCUCCUACUGCAAAACCCGUUGCACUUCUUUCGCGUUCAAGUGGAGGUUUCUGAUAUCAAUGAUCAUUCGCCUGUGUUCUCAGAGGAGGAGCAAAUUUUAAAGAUACCAGAAUUGACGAACAUUGGGACUCGCUUCCCCUUAGAAAAUGCCCAGGAUUUAGACGUAGGGAAUAAUAGCCUCCGGGUGUAUAAGAUCGCUCCAACUAGUGAACAGUUUGAUUUACUUACCGGAGAGCAGAGCGACGGCAGGAAAUAUGCGGAAUUGGUUUUGGCAAAGUCUCUGGAUCGCGAGGAACAUCCAGAACUCCACUUCCUGCUCACGGCUGUGGAUGGUGGGUCCCCGCCCAGGUCUGGUACUAUUAAAGUCCACAUCAUUGUCCUGGAUGCGAAUGACAACGCCCCCGUGUUUUCUCAGCCGCUUUACAGAGCGCGGGUUCUAGAAAACAGUUCGGAAGAUACCUUGGUGACCACAGUGUCCGCCACUGACUUAGACGAAGGGAGUCAUGGAGACGUGUUCUACUCAUUCAGUCAGAGCUCAGGGAAGGUGUCCCGAACGUUCAACAUUCACCCCGUGACGGGUGAAAUCCGAAUCGCUAAACCUCUGGAUUUUGAAAUGAACGAGAAGUAUGAGUUUAACGUUCGCUCCACCGACGGCGGGGGCCUCUCCUCACAUUGCAAAGUCUUGGUUGAUGUCGGGGAUGUGAAUGACAACUCGCCGGAGGUGGUAGUGACCUCCCUGACCAGCCCACUACCAGAGGAUGCUCUUCCCGGGACAGUGGUGGCCCUUUUUAGUGUCCGAGAUCGAGACUCGGGUGAUUUCGGAAAAACAAGCUGCUCUAUCCAGAAUGACAUUCCGUUUGUGCUCAAACCGACCUUCAACAAUUACUUCGAGCUGAUAACAGACGCAGCCUUGGACAGGGAGAGCAUUUCCAACUAUAAUAUUACCAUCACGGCCGUGGAUUCGGGCUCUCCGAGCCUCACCACUCUGGAAACUAUUAGGGUGCAAUUAUCGGAUAUCAAUGAUAACCCUCCCAAGUUCAAUCAAACAUCCUACCUAAUGCACGUGACUGAAAACAACAGGCCAUCUCUGAUAAUCGGCAGUGUGAACGCCGUCGAUUCAGAUUCGGGACUGAAUGCUAAAGUGACAUAUGCCAUUUUGCUGGGGUCUGAGUACUCCUCCCCUUUUAUCUCCAUCAAUUCGGAAAAUGGUAACUUGUAUGUCCUGAAGACUUUUGAUUAUGAAGAAGUGAAGGCUUUCCAGGUUACUGUGCAAGCUUCUGACUCUGGUUCCCCUGCCAAGAGCUCAACCGUCUCCGUUCAUGUCUGCAUCGUGGACGAGAACGACAACGCCCCGGUUAUACUAUAUCCACUGCAAAACUUCUCAGCUUCUUACAGUGACCUGGUCCCCAGGACGGCGGAGGCGGGUUACUUGGUAAUGAAAGUGGUCGCCGUCGAUGGGGACUCUGGGCAGAAUUCUUGGCUCUCCUACCAACUUCUUCAGACAACAGCCCCUGGCCUCUUCACCGUAGUCCCUCACAAUGGAGAAGUGAGAACCACGAGGCCUGUCACAGAGAGAGAUGCCAUGAAACAGCAAGUUGUCAUCCUGGUUCGAGACAAUGGCAAGCCACCCCAGGCCACUCGCGCCACACUGACCAUUCUUUUGGUGAACGGUUUCUCGGACGUCCAUUUGCAAGUCCCAGACUUUUCUCAGGAAGAAAAGCAGGACGACCCUUUGACGAUGUAUUUAGUCAUUUCCUUGGCUUUAAUUUCAUUUCUCUUUUUGGUGUCUGUAACGAUCUUUAUAUUAAUCAAGACCUGUCAAAGAAAGCAAACGAAGGAAAGAUACAGCCCCGCCUCUGGUCACUUUUAUGAUCCGAGUGAUUUUCGAAAUAGUUUGAUAGACAUGGGAGGCACUGGGAGGCUCUCACAAUCUUAUCAGUACGAAGUCUGUUUGACAACUGGCUCUGGGAACAGCGAAUUCAAAUUCCUCAAACCCAUUAUUCCCAGCCUCCCGGUUCAGCAAGGGAAUAUUGAACUGUGUGCGGACAGAAAUCAGGAUUUUCAGCACAUCAGUCAGGUUGAGGCAAGGAAAGGGAUGGCUCAAUUGAAAUAGUUUGGACGUAUCACAGAACAACUGCAAUUUUUUUCUUGAUCCUUGCUUUUCCCUCAUAUCAGCAGUUGUCAACAUAUAGAGUAGGAAGAAUUUUCCAGAGUUAGUAAAUCUAUUUACUCUCCAUUCUUCUUAUAGCCUCCCACUUGAUUUUCUUAAAUAUAUUGAAGUGACAUGUGUGUAAAUAAUAGUUUCACUUUUAAGUAUGCUAAAAGGAUACCUAUAUCCUAAAUGAAUGCUAAUGAAGAGUUAAAAUGGAAAUUAACCUUCAUAUUUUUUGACUUGCCUAAAUAUGUUAAAUGGUAUCUACCAACUCUAUUGUAUUGUACUAUCCCAAAUACUUAGUACAGUGCUGUGCACAAUGUAAGUGCUCAGUAAAUACCAUUGAUUGUUUGAUUGAUCAUCAGGGAAAAUUAAUUGCUAAAUAAUUCAACCAGGUAGCAAUUAUGUAUGGGGAGAGAAUAAUACGAUUAAAUCACAAAAAUUAUAGAAAGUAAAAGUGUUUACUCAAAGGGAAAAAUCAGAAAUUUCAUGCAUUCAGAAGUCCUUGUGGCAUUUGAACCAAACCAGAUAAACAAAACAAAAUAAAACAGCAUUUUCAGUAUGUUUCCUUUAACUAUCCUAAAGCUUAGCUCAGUGCUUGACACAUAGCAAGAACUUAAUCAAUACUAUCAUUAUUGUUAAGAACUUAAAUGUAUAUUUUCUCCCUUUACCCAUCUGUAGUAUCAGCAAUUCCAACAAUAAGAAUAUCAGUAGAAAAAUAUAUAGUUCUGGUCUGUUGAGUGAGAGAAUGUCCUUAGUUUUGAUUCGUGAUUAAGUAAAAUUCAUUAGCCUUCUUGAUCUUUCUCUUCUUAAUUUUUUAAAAAUUAAAUCCUACUUUCAGCUUCAGUCAAGAGUACACUCCUCUUUGGAAUAUUUGGAACAUAAUAUUUAAAAGUACUAGAUAUUCAUGCUUGUUUGAAUGAACCUGCAAGUUGAAAUUGACAACUGAUUUUGAAAACUACUAAAACUGAAUCAACAGAUUUAAUUUCACUAUUGUAUGUAAAUAUUUUAUAUAUUAAGUUAGUAUAGUUGUUGCAUUUUAUGAUAAAAUUAAAUAAUGCUGGAGUAUUUUAAAGUUUCGAGUUCCAAGUCUUUUUGAAGUGUGGUAACAUGUUCUUCUCGGGGUGUCUGGUUGCUUCUUGACAAAAUGAGUGAAACAAUAUAGCAGAAAUUGUGUAUCUCUGUGGAUAGAUUUUUUAAAGUCCUCCAGUAAGAUGAUCUACGGAGAGGUUUUAAACCCUAUAAACAACCCAAACCUAAUCCAAUGGAUGAUGUAGUUGACAAAUGGAAAAAAGAUCGAGAACUGGACACCUUUAGUGUCACUCCUUGUACGUUCCUGAAAAAAUAAAGCAUUUUUCCACAAUAAA